AUGGAAUUCUCAGUCUUCGUCCCAAGCACCCCGGUGUUCGAUAGGUCGGUCUGGCAGCUAUGGCUCUACGGCUUGUCAGUCGACCAGGCGACGUCUUUCCUGCAGAAAAAGAGGCCUGGUCUGAAGGCGGCCACAGGGCCGCUCCGGAACUACAUAUUGUCUCAGGUAAGUGUGUGGUAUCGACAUUACGAAAUUCUAGAGCCCCAUCUCCACCGCCCAAAGCAUCUCUACACCUCAGCCACCGCCGUCCUCUUCCCCCACCCCGCCUCGCAAGGCACGCGCGCUUCAUCCACGAUAAACACAUCAAACAUAACAACCACCAGCAAAUCCCCAAGAGGAGAUCCAACACGGGCGUACCUCAUCGAGACCUAUUACAGUUUCCAUCCCAGCGUCAUGCGGUACACUCUCGGCAAAAAAGUGUCGUCGAGACUGCGUGAGGACGUGUGUUUGAAGACGAAAGUGCCGAGUGCGGGGUGUAGACGGAUGUUUGACAAUUUCAAAAGGAUUGUGAAGGUUGUGGAGGAUGCGGAAAUGCGGGAUAUUACUUCGGCGAUUGUGGCGGAGUUUUUGCUUCCGGUGCCACUUGCAGAGCAGUACGCACAUAUAAUCUUCAUCAACAACUAUCGCCUGGACACCUUCAAGCGGAAACUCACCUACCUCAAAUUCGCCGAUUACGAGUUUGUCGCCUCCGUCUUCAUGCAACGCUUCGCCCACCCAACAACGCCCAUCCUCGAUGACCUGGACUCCACCCUCUCCCAAGACGCCCGCGACAUCAAAUCCCUCCUGUUCAACCAACGCGGCGUCCUCGACGAAUACAAAGCCGCACCCCCCGCAACAACAACCUCCAUCCUCUCCCCAACCUCCUCCCCAGACACCCUCUUCAAAACCCUCAUCCGCGGCGUCCUCUCCAUCGGCACCUCCCUGCAACACCGCAAAGAGCUCCGCGACGUCUUCCAGACCAUCCACGACCGCAUCGUCGAGCCGGCGUGUGCGGGCGCCAAUUGGAGUCCGAAGGAUCUGAGUGUGUUCUUCCAAGUCGCGGGGAGUGUGUUCGCGGGCGUGGGGAGUGUGCCGAGGGGGUUGAGGGGACGGUAUGCGGGGCCGUGGAAGAGGCUUUGUGAGGGGGUGGGGAGGGCGAGUGUGAGGUUUGCUGAGGUGUAUGUGGGGGCGAGGAGGGAGGGAGGGGCCGCUGUGGGGGUGUGA